CUUCUUCUUCCUUCCCCCUCCCUUGACGCGUUCGUUCUCUCCCGCCCGAGCUUUUUCACGCCGGCCAAUCGGACCGCCGCAUCGAUCGGCGUUCGGAAGUUCCCGCCUCGAUCGUCAUCGGAGCGGCUCGCCGAAGUUCCGCGUCGAUCGAGAUUCCGUCUAGUGCAGUUCCGUCUCCGUUCAGUGUGCUGCCUCUUCUGCAGCUAUGUACAACAAUCCGCAGCUGCAGCCUGGGGCGCCUAGGCCACCGACACGUUCUCAGCCUCACCCAUUUGAAGAUGCACUUUACGGAGCUAGUUCUGGACUUAUUCGAGGCGGCCUGGGUGCAUAUGGAGAGAAAUUUUUGGGAUCAAGCUCUGAGUAUGUACAAAGCAAUAUUAGUAGGUACCUGUCUGAUCCCCAGUACUAUUUUCAAGUAAAUGAUCAGUACGUGAGGAACAAGUUGAAGGUGGUUUUAUUCCCGUUCCUUCACAGAGGUCACUGGACACGAAUAACGGAACCCGUGGGAGGAAGGCUCUCAUACAAACCCCCUAUCUAUGAUAUCAACGCGCCGGACUUGUACAUCCCAUUCAUGGCUUUUGGCACCUAUAUUGUUCUUGCUGGCUUAUUGUUGGGACUUCAGGGCCAGUUUAGUCCAGAAGCAUUGCAAUGGCUGUUUGUCAAAGGAUUGCUUGGCUGGUCUCUGCAAGUAAUGUUGCUGAAAGUCACAUUGCUUUCUCUGGGUGGUGUCGAGCCACCUUUGCUGGACAUCGUGGCAUAUGCUGGGUACACGUUCGCGGGGCUUUGCUUGUCUAUUAUCGGGAAAAUCAUCUUAAGAUACGCGUACUUUGUUGUGAUGCCAUUGGCCUGCUUGUGUAUGGGCAUUUUCUUGGUAAAGACGAUGAAGAGAGUGCUUACUUCGGAGGUGAGAAGUUGCGAUACAAGUAGGCUGCACUACCUCUUGCUCUUCAUUGCUUUCGCACAGUUCCCACUUUUCUUAUGGCUUGGCAAUAUUAGUCUCAACUGGCUUUUCUGAACUGAAUCAUGUAAUGUUUCGACAGGAAAGAGUCCAUUGUGUAGCAUUUUUGAAGAGUUUUGUACAGUUGGCUUCUUUUUUGCCCCUCUUAAAUUUAAUUUGUUGACGUCGGUUAUUGAUCAUGCAA